CAUGGACUUGGCCCUGCCUUCCUUCUUUCUCAGCAGUCUACGAGAAACUUCUACAGCCUCAAUUACUUCCUUCAAAUCUCGCGCAUCUACGCGGCUGCCCAACUUCCACCACAUCUAUCACGCGAUCAAAUAGCAGAACACGACGCGACAAUGGGCUCUCUCGGAAACAUCGCUCUCAUCCUGGGUGCUCUCACUGCUGGUGGCGGUAUCACCGGCUACGUGAGGACUGGAUCUGUGCCUUCAAUCGCAGCUGGAUGCACUGUCGGACUUCUGUACAUGCUCGGUGGCUACCGCGUGAACAGUCGCGCAGCGUACGGUGUUGAAUUGGCUCUUCUCGCUUCCAUUAUCCUCGCUGGCAGUUCCAUCCCUCGAGCAAUGAAGUCUGGCAAGCCGCUUCCUAUUGGAUUGAGCAUUCUGGCGACGUUCGGCCUGUGGACUUUCGGAAACGCGUACAUGAACAAGGCUCGUGUAUAAGGCUUACCAGAAAGGAUGAUAAGAAAAGCUGGCAGCGUUUCGUGCUAAGAUUUGUGUACUAUUACCACUUGGUAUCCAAAUAUCAAUCUUGACUGGAUGCGAAAACGGAUCCUACUGCGCGAA